GUGGGGAGCCCGUGGGAACCGGCGGGGGCGCGCGUCGGGAUCACGAGGGGGCGGUCCCGGGCCCGGGGGCGCGCGAGGAGGAGCCGGGGCGGGCUCUGCGAAGAAGAAGAAGAGGAAGGCAAAAAAGCUUCGGCGGAGGAGGAGGAGGCGGCGGCGGCAGCAUCACCAUCAGCAGCGACGGGUCUCCCCGUUAAAGGCUCGUCUCGUCUCUCGGUUUCUCUUCUCUUCUCCAGUUUUGUUUUUGCGCACCGGGAACGCGGUGGCUGGGGCCCGGGGAAGCAGCAGCAGCAGCCCGGCGGGAUGGCCCGGCUCUGGCUGCCUCGCCUCUGCCCGCCGCCUUCUUCUUCUUCUUCCUCCUCUUCCUCUUCCUCCUCCUCCUCCUCUUCGUCGUCGUCUCCCCCGCCGCUGCUGCUCCUCCUGCAGCUGCUGGUCCUUCUCCUGUGCCGCGGCAGCUCCGGCAACCGGCACGCGGUGCAUUGGAACAGCUCCAACCCGCACUUACGGCGAGAGGGCUACACGGUCCAGGUGAACGUCAAUGACUAUCUGGACAUCUACUGCCCCCAUUACAACACCUCGGUGCCCGAGGGGCGCAUGGAACAGUAUAUCCUCUACAUGGUGAGCCUGGAGGGGUACCAGACAUGCGACAUCAGCCAAGGCUUCAAACGCUGGGAAUGCAACCGGCCUCGCGCCCCACACAGCCCCAUCAAGUUCUCGGAGAAGUUCCAGCGUUACAGUGCCUUCUCACUGGGUUAUGAGUUCCACGCUGGCCACGAAUAUUACUACAUCUCCACUCCGAUGCACAGUCAUCGCCGGUCCUGCCUGCGAAUGAAAGUCUUCGUCUGCUGCCGUUCCCCGUCGUUUUCUGGGGACAGAGCGGUUCCAACUCUUCCGCCAUUCACUAUAGGGCCCGAAGUGAAGAUUGAGGAUCUGGAUCAUUUUAACCCCGAGAUGCCGAAACUGGAGAAGAGCAUCAGCGGAACAAGUCCAAAAUGGGAACAUUUGCCUUUAGCCUUGGUGGUGGCUUUCUUCCUUAUGAUUUUCCUGGCCUCCUAGCUGCGUGGAUUGAGAGGGGGAGAGGGCCCAGCAGUAGCCCGCUCCCCAGAUGUGCCCGGUUUCCUCCCCAAGGUCUCCUUGGCUGUUGGUUGGCGGACAGAGCGAAACAAACAAAAGUAUAUUCACCUGUGAAAUUUCAGAGGGAGACACACUUGACACAGCUGGGUGGGAAGGUCGGGGGCCCCCCGAAGAGAACAGUGAGAUUUCGUGGGCGUAACUCGCCUACAUCCGGAUAUCGUGAUCCGUGCUUCGGCGUCUUCGCCGCUUUCCACCAUGCGCCGAGGAAACGACCCUGCUUUAAAGGCAGGAUCCAGAAUUGAAGACACACACACACAAACAAAAAAAUCGGGGGUGGGGGGAAAGGGGGAGGUCUUCUUUUCUUUUCCCUUUUUUUUUUUAAAAAAAAAUUAUCAUUCUGCUAUUCCUGAGCGCGGCGACUGUGUAUCGCCGUCCUUGUAUCCCUUUCGUUGUCUCGCCCGUACGAGCGGACAAACGGGCGGACGUAUCCGCAAGGUCAUACUCGUCGAGGAUUUGGGGUGGGUCAGGACACGGACCGUUUGCUUUAGCCUGGCCGUUCGGGGGGAAGUUGGAUUGGAAGGGGUGGCCAGGGAAUGAGACCACCACCACCACCCCGCUUGGAGAGGGGCGUUGCGCCCCGCGGAGCUUUCAAGAUCCGAGAUUUUGCGGAGUCCGCGCCGUCUCCCCGCUGCACGUCUCCAGCUCGACGGACACCCGAUGUUUUUUUGAGGGACGCGGGGGGAAUCCUGUACAUAUCUCGUGUGUGUUCUGUACAGAGAGGCACCCUUAUAAUCUUGUGUCUAUAGAUUAUAUGAAAUUGUUCUCGUGGGGGGUUGGGGGCGGGGUUG